GGCUUACAAUUAAAUGGGAAAAAAUAAUAUUGGAAGAAUUUACCACCUCUGUCAUGCUCUUGACAAAUUACAAAAUUCAAAAUCUAAUUAAUGAAGUACACAAGAAACUCACAAAGUGGAUUGUUAAACAAUAUCAUAAAGUAUUUCUUCCUAAAUUUGAGACACAGAGAAUAGUGAGAAGAGCUAACAGAAGAAUAAGAAGAUAA